GCAAAUGCCAUUGCUCUGCAAUAUUUACAUAUGACAACACUUUCUAUGGAGAUUAAUCAUAACAGGUUUGAAGAUUUCACUAUGCUAAGAAUUGGAGAUUCACUCAAUAAAGGCAAGAUUCCUCUAACGAGUUUUGAGCACUUUCUACUAGCUCGCGUUAAAGAAACUCAAAAAUGGCUGAUGAUAUUACUGUUAACUUUCGCAUCCAUGACUCAAAUAAUGAUGAUGUUCUCACAAUUACAAUUCCCAGAGAUACCGAAGUCAACACGCUCCAAGCUAGGAUCUGAAACCA